CGGUACUCGGCUCGCCUGACAACAGUGACGAAGGAGCAGCCGCAGCAUCCGUCAGCAUGGCGCAGGUGGACCACAUGCUCGCCUCAUGGAUCAUGGGCCACCUUCCCCACCUCAUACUGGCCCUCAUUAUUAUUUGGGUCAUCAAGAAGAAGGGCAAGGACAUCAGGCACAGAUGGUUCGCCUGGUUCAUGAACAUGAUCAGCUCCGGCACCGACCCCAAGUCAGAGGAGCUGAAGAAGAGCUUUUUCUCGAGCCUGUCCUCCGUCACCUCGCACGACCCCAAGCUGAGGAAGGAGAACAAGAUAAAGAUACUGGAGGUGGGCGUCGGCACAGGAGUCAACUUCCCCUACUAUCCCGAGGGCAGUCACCUCAUCGUGGUGGACCCCAACCCUCACUUCGCCCAGUACUACAAUGAGAACCGCAAGAAGUUUCCCAACAUUCAGUCCGAGGAGAUACUGGUGACCACAGGCGAGGAGAUGACCAGCGUGCCGGACAACAGCGUGGAUGUGGUGGUGAUGACGCUCGUCCUGUGCAGCGUGGUGGAGGUGGAGCGGAUACUACAGCAGGUCCGCCGCGUCCUGGCCCCCGGCGGCAAGUUUUAUUUCAUGGAGCACAUCCGAGAAUUCGACGGCAACAAACACUGGCUUCGGCGAGUCAUCCAGGACGUGCUGAGUCGCUCUGGGGUCUGGCCGUUCAUGUUCGAUGGCUGCAACCUCAACCGCGACCUCCAGCCACCGAUCGAAGCAGCCGGUUUUUCUAAAGUGGAUGCGGAAAAGUUCUACGCCCCCAUUACUAAUUUUGUCUUUCAGGUGAUUAAGCCUCAUUUGAAAGGGGUAGCAACCAAGUAAUUAUAUGGGGGAGAGAGUGGGGGAGUGCGUGUGUGUGUGUGUGUGGGUGGAGGUGUGUGUGUGUGUGUGUGUGUGUGUGUGUGUGUGUUUAGUCCAUGAAUUUUAGGGAUGAAGAUUUUAAUGACCCAAACAGUUUUUUAAUUUUUUUCCUUCAUAAGCUGUGAGGUAGAGUUUCCUUGUGUGUGUGUGUGUGUGUGUGAGUGUGUGUUUUUAGGUCAUCAAACUUCUGGGAAACGAUUUUAAUUUGACCUCAUAACAAUUUUUUUAUAGGCUGCGAGAGAGAUAGUAUUUCCUUGAGCAUGUGUGAGUGUGUACGUAUGUGUGUGUGUACAUGUGUGUGUGAGAGAGCAGCAUCCCCUCAAGGUUACAUAAGAUAACAUACCAUACUCUCUACAAUCAAUUCUUUACUGAUAAGCUCCCAUUUGUUAAGAGGCAGAUGAUAAGAGGGUACAAUGCUAACCCAAGUACUUGUAGGCCAUUGAACCAAGACUCAGGGCCAGACUACAAGCUAUAUUAAGAAGAUCCUUGUAUCAUUUUUAUAUUAACAAGUACAGACGUUAACCAAGAAGGGAUGUAUAUGUAUGAGAUGACAGGGUUGGAUCAUGAAUUUUCUUAACUAGGGAGACACUGUAUGACUUCCAAGCCUCUGAUGGGGUGUUGGAAUGCCCUGCAGUGACCCUGAAGGUGUUGUGAUCAGGGCGGAUGCUGUACUGAGGAAGGUGUGAAUGAUGCUGUGUGACUUCCAAGCCUCUGAUGGGGUGUUGGAAUGGACCCUGAAGGUGUUGUGAUCAGGGCGGAUGGUGAACUGAUGAACAUGUGUGAAUGGUGCAGAACGGUGAAUGAUAGUGAGGAGAGACAGACAGCCAUAGUGAAAUUAGCGAUAAUGGUGAUGGUUGAAAGAGUAGACGGUGUUGUGAAGAUGCCCACCAUUUGACAAGGAGGAAUAACAGACGGAUAGUGAAGAAAGAAAGACAGAUGAUGAUGGAAAAAGUAGACUGUGUUGUGAAGAUGCCCACCAUUUGACAAGGAGGAAUAACAGACGGAUAGUGAAGAAAGAAAGACAGAUGAUGAUGGAAAAAGUAGACGGUGUUGUGAAGAUGCCCACCAUUUGACAAGGAGGAAUAACAGACGGAUAGUGAAGAAAAACACAGUUGAUGAUGAUUGAAAAAGUUGAUUGUGUAGUGAAGACGCCCAUCAUUAGACAAGGAGGGAAAAACAAACAGUGAAGAAAGAUGGUGAAGAAGAAGACACAGAUGAUGAUGGUGGUAGAAGAAGGAAGACACAAGACCAGAAGAAGGUUGAACGACGACGAUGGAAGGAGAUACCAUUAGACAAGGAGAAAAAAAAACAUUGAAAAAAGAAAGAAAGAUGGUGAAGGAGAAGACACAGAUGAUGAUGGUGGUUGAAGAAGGAAGACACAAGAACAGAAGAAGGUUGAAUGACGACGAUGGAAGGAGAUACCAUUAGACAAGGAGAAAAAAACCACAUUGAAAAAAGAAAGAAAGAUGGUGCAGAAGAAGACACAGACGAUGAUGGUGAUCGUAGAAGGAAGACAAAAACAAAAGAAGAUAGAAUGACGACGAAAGGAGUUAUCAUCAUUAGAAGACAAUAGGAGGUGAAAUGCGUGCUAGUAGUCUUAGGGCCGUUAAUACCAUGUGCCUUAUUGGGGUAUUUGUAAGCUUAUUUUAAUGAUGUUUGUUCCUAUGCUUUUAAGGGUUUUAAGCUGAGUGGUUGUUGGUAUUACUGCAGGCAUUAUUAACAUAGAUUUUAAACGUUCGACAAGGGUGAGAAUGUGCGUUUUGUCUCCCUUCCUUUUCCUUCUCCCUUAUUAAUAUAGGUUUUAAAGGUUCUAAAAGGGUGAGGAUAUGUUUUUUUCUCCCUUCCUUUCCCUUCCCUUUUCUCUUUUUUUCUCUCUCCCUUUCCCUAAUGCUUUCCUUAUCCUGUUCCCUUUCCUCCUUUCUCUUUCUUCCCCUUUUCUCUUUUCCUUCCCCUUUUCUCUUUUCUUUUGUAGUGCAGUUGAUUUGCCUGAUGGGCGAGCCUCCCAUAACUCACUCUGCGAACGGGGUACCUCUUUGGCUGACUGGUUAAGGAGUGGCUCUCCCGUCUCGCUGGUCGUGGGUUCGAUCCCCGGCGCCAGCAAAACCUUUCCUUGUCUGGAUUAAUUUCUCGUGUGCUUCGUUACACCCGGUGGUCGUGAGGGAGUGUAGUAAAGAAAACGUCCUGGCGACUCACUGGUGGCAAGGCGGUGGCAUCCUCUCCUGUGGUUCUGUUGUGUCACCCCAAGGCAGAGUGAUGUCCCAUGCUCUCUGAAGUUCAUAGAAAAUGGAAAAUCUCACCACAGAAAUUAAUCUAAAUAGGAAUGAUUUCUUCUGUUUUUCAUUUAUAUAUUUCUACUUGGUUGGGUAUUAUAUUUUUCUCUUUUUAUAUUCACUAAUUCAAACUUCACAUUUCUUCAUAUUUCCUCUAUUUCUUCCUUUAUCUUUUAUAUAUAUUUACCGAGCCAAGCGUCACAUUCUUCCCUUACCUGUAUAUAUGGGGUCAAACUUCAUCUUCUUUUAUAUAUAUUUACUAACCUAAGCAUCAUAUAUAUUUUCCUUAUCUAUAUUAACCAAUCUAUAUUAACCAGACUAAGAGUAAUUUUCGCUGCUAAAUAUUUACUGGGUCAAGCUUAUGUUCCGUCCCAAAGCCUUAGAUAUUCGUAGGUGGGUUACGCUUGCUCCGACAGGCACACAGCGAGGUUACGAUCAACUUGUGUUCAUUUACUCGCAAAUUCGUCCAGCUUACUCAUUCCUGCCAUGUUGAAAUACUAGUAACAGAUUCUAGGGUACGACAGUCUUAGGUCAUUCGUACAAGCAUUCAGUGAGGUUACGAUAGACCUGUGUUCAUUUACUUGCAUAUUAACUCCAUCUAAUUCCUUCCUACCAUGUUGAAAUACUACUAACAGGCUCUAGGGUACCACAGUCUUGGGUCACACUCGGAGAAGCAUUGGGUGAGGUUACGAUCGACUUGUUUUCAGUUACUUGCAUUUUGACUCCAUCUGCUUCAGUGAUUUCCUCCUGCCAUGUUGAAAUACUAGUGACAGAUUCUAGGGUAACACAGUCUUGGGUCACACUCCGACAAGCAUUGGGUGAGGUUAAGAUCGACUUGUUUUCAUUUACUUGCAUUUUAACUCCAUCUGCUUCAGUGAUUUCCUCCUGCCAUGUUGAAAUACUAGUGACAGAUUCUAGGGUAACACAGUCUUGGGUCACACUCCGAGAAGCAUUGGGUGAGGUUACGAUCGACUUGUUUUCAUUUACUUGCAUUUUAACUCCAUCUGCUUCAGUGAUUUCCUCCUGCCAUGUUGAAAUACUAGUGACAGAUUCUAGGGUAACACAGUCUUGGGUCACACUCCGAGAAGCAUUGGGUGAGGUUACGAUCGACCUGUGUUCAGUUACUUGCAAAUUCGUCCAGCUUGCUCAUUCCUGCCAUGUUGAAAUGCUGCAAACAAUCUCUAGGGUACCACAGUCUUCGGGCACACUCGGAUAAGCAUUGGGUGAGGUUACGAUAGACCUGUGUUCGUUUACUCGCAAAGUCGUCCAUGUAAGUCCUUCCUGCCGUGUUGAAUAUAUUAAUGACAGGCUCUAGGAUACCACAGUCUUCGGGCACACUCGGACAAGCAUUGGGUGAGGUUAUGAUAGACCUGUGUUCAUUUACUCGCAAAGUUGUCCAUGUAAUUCCUUCCUGCCGUGUUGAAUAUAUUAAUGACAGGCUCUAGGUUACCACAGUCUUAGGUCACUCUCAGACAAGCAUUGGGUGAGGUUAUGAUCGACCUGUGUUCAUUUACUCGCAAAGUCGUCCAUGUAAUUCCUUCCUGCCGUGUUGAAUAUAUUAAUGACAGGCUCUAGGUUACCACAGUCUUAUGCUCACUCUAACAAGGUAUGGGUGAGGUUACAAGUCCACGGUUACAAUCAUUGACAUAUAUAUUACUGCCAUGGUCACAUCCGGCCAGUACGACACACACACACAUACGCACACACACACACACCUGAUGUUAGUGGUAUUGAUGUUAUGGAGCUGUUUCGUACUUUUGUUAAGAACGUUUGAGGUGUCUGACGGAUUUUGUAAGACCCCUUAUGUAGCAACUAGACGAAGGAAUUUUUUAGUGGUUUUGUUGAAGAUGAAAUACAUAGCUGUCGUAGUGAGUGAGUUACCCUUUGACACCGUGCUCAAGUUUAAGGUUAAUUGAUGACGCUGAUGAUGACGACGAUGAUGAUAAUAAAGAGACAUACUGGGAAGUUGA